UGUACACACACUCUUCCGAAAUAUAUGAUAUUCUACAUCUCAACCCCAAACCAAACCCCUCUCUCUCUUUCUCUCUCAGUUCUUUCUUUCGAAUGUUCAAAUGUAGUAGCAGUGAGUGAGAGACUGUUUACAGAGACACAUUCACAUAAAUCUAAUCCAAAUUCUCUGUCUAUGUAUAUGUAGUAGUUACGGAGUGAGUGAUUGUUGUUGUUGUUGUUGUAGAGCAUCGAUGUCGACGACGACCUACAGUCCUUCGCGAAGCCCUCUGAGUUCGAGGUUCUUGUUGAGUGGUGCUUCUAGGUUGAGAUCUUCGUCCUUGAAGAAGCCUCCGGAGCCUCUCCGCCGCGCCGUCGCCGACUGUCUCUCCUCCUCCGCCCCCUCCUCCGGCGCCUCCGAGGCUUGCAGGACACUUCGGGACUAUCUUGCGGCACUGGCAACAACUGACUUGGCUUAUAGUGUCAUCUUAGACCAUACUCUUGCGGAGAAGGAGCGCAGCCCAGCAGUAGUUGCAAGGUGUGUGGCAAUUUUGAAACGUUACCUUCUAAGAUAUAAGCCCAGUGAGGAGACAUUACAUCAAAUUGAUCGGUUCUGUGUGAGCAUAAUUGCUGAAUGUGAAGUUAGCCCAAGCCGAAGAUUGUCACCAGGGUCGCAACCUUCAAAUCAACAAUCUGGAGUGCCAACAACACCGACCAAUAUAUCUCCUUUGCCUGUAUCAAGUUUUGCAUCAGGGGCACUUGUGAAGUCAUUAAAUUAUGUCCGUUCUCUAGUGGCUCAACAUAUUCCUAAACGGUCAUUCCAAUCAGCAAUAUUUGCUGGAGCUCCUUCUGCAUCAAGGCAGUCACUUCCAUCGUUGUCAUCUUUGUUGAGCAAAUCUUUCAAUUCGGCAAACAAGAAAGAAUCUUUGGAGAACAAAGAGGCAUUGGUUAUAUCUGUUUCAAACUCACCAAUUGUUGAAAAUGGUGAUGGAAUGGAUGAUUUUGAGUUCAUAGCCCUUGAUGUUCUGAAAUGGCGCUGGUGUAGGGACCAACAGUCAUCAUCUGAAAGUGAUCAUGUUCUGAGUCCCCAAGACACGAGUACGCAUGAUUUCCUUGAAAUAGGUGCAGCAGCUCUUCUUGUGGGGGAUAUGGAAACUAAAAUGAAGGGCCAAUCUUGGAGAAAUUUUGGGACUGCUGAUAUGCCUUACCUUGAUCAACUGUUGCAGCCUUCAUUACUAACUACCGUCACCAGUUCUGCUUCUGCCCGUGCGCACUUGAGAGCAAUAACAGCAACCAAGCGCACUAAACCAGGCCCUAUUCAAAUUUGGGAAGAUUCUCCAGUAAGCACAUUCCGUCCACGUGCUAGACCACUAUUCCAGUAUCGUCACUAUAGCGAACAACAACCUUUGCGAUUGAAUCCAGCAGAGGUGUGUGAGGUCAUUGCUGCAGUUUGCUCAGAGACACCUACUCCAAAUGCUAAUCUCAUGUCUAUCUCUUCUAAAUUAAGUAACAACAGUGGAAAGCAAUCAAUGGACGUGGCUGUGAGCGUUCUCAUCAAACUUGUAAUUGACAUGUAUGUAUUGGAUUCUGGAACAGCUGCUCCUCUCACUCUAUCCAUGCUUGAGGAAAUGCUUAGUUCUCCCAGAUUGGCUUCGAGGGCUCGUGCUUUUGAUUUAAUUUUAAACCUUGGGGUUCACGGUCAUUUAUUGGAGCCAAUGAUACUUGAAGAUACUUCAAUUGAAGAAGAUUACUCUCAAGAAUCAUACUUUGACCAUGAAGCACAACUUGCAAACCAAGGAAAGAGAAAACCAGAUUAUUCUAAGAUGGAAAAUUCCUCAGCUAUCAAUAAUUUUGAGUCUUGGAUUUUAGGCAUUCUAUAUGAGAUUCUUCUUCAUCUUGUUCAGAUACAAGAGAAGGAACAAUCUGUCUGGGCUUCAGCCCUAAGCUGUUUACUUUAUUUUGUCUGUGAUAGAGGCAAAAUCAGGAGGAAGAAGCUAGAAGGACUUGACAUAAGGGUGGUUAAGGUUCUUAUAGAGGUUGGCAGGAGAAAUUCUUGGGCAGAACUUGUCCGCAGCAAGCUUAUUUGCAUGCUAACCAACAUGUUUUAUCAAGUUCCUGACAUGACUGUUUCAAGUACCCCUAAGUUUCUCAUUGAGCAGGUUGAUCUGAUUGGAGGAAUCGAGUUUCUCUUCCUUGAGUUGGUGCUCUCGAACUCCAGGGAAGAAAGAAGAAAUCUAUAUUUGGUGCUUUUCGACUAUGUUUUGCAUCUAAUAAAUGAGACAUGCACAGCAGCUGGAGUAUCGGAAUAUAGUGAUGAUGAGAUUCAACCUAUUGCUACUUUGCUCAUGCUUGCAGACGCACCUGAUGCCUUUUUUAUUUCUGUUAAGCUUGGUGUGGAAGGAAUUGGGGAGCUUUUGAGAAGAUCAAUUGCUUCUGCAUUGUCUACAUAUCCUAACAGUGAUCGACUAAAUACCCUCUUGGAGAAGAUUACGGAGAAACUUGAUACGUUCAUAAGUUCAUUUACUCAUUUAGACAAAGAAUUUGCCCAGCUGAUACAGAUAACUAAAUCUUGUAAGUCUAUGGAAAGCAUCAAGGGUGGAGUUUUGGGACACACUGCUGGUAUGAAAGUGAAGCUCUCGUGGGCAACUUUGCAUUCUCUUCUUCAUUCAGAAAGACUGGUUUGUCGUCAGAAUGGGUAUGUGUGGUUGGGGGAUUUGCUUAUGGCAGAUAUUAGCGAGGAAAGGGAUUCAAGUAUAUGUUCAAAUAUCAGAAACUUGCAGCAGAAAAUUUCCAUUACUGGAGUUAAUGAUUAUUCAGCUGAUUCAGAUGUUCCUUUACCAAUUUGGCUUAUGUGUGGGCUUCUGAAGUCAAAAAAUAGCAUCAUCAGGUGGGGCUUCCUAUUUGUUCUAGAUAGGCUUCUUAUGCGAUGCAAAUUUUUGUUAGAUGAGAACGAACUACGGCAUUCUAGUGGUAGUGAAGCUGCUGGAGACCUACAAGACAGCAGUCGUCUUGAGAAAGCAAAUGCAGUGAUAGACAUUAUGAGCAGUGCUUUGUCCUUGGUGGCUCAGAUAAAUGAAACAGACCGUAUAAAUAUUUUGAAGAUGUGUGACAUUCUAUUUUCUCAAUUGUGCCUGAAAGUUCUCCCAGCGACAGAAAUGACAUUUAGAGACACAAUGCAUGACAUUAAGGUCUUUAGGCGAAUGGAUGGGAGUAAAAAGGCUGAUGCAGGAGAGCUUCUCCAUCAACAAGAGAAUUUCUCCUGGGAUGAAUCCAUGGAUGAUAUCAAGAGCAAAUGUGCUCUCAAUGAUGAUGGUCAAAUUUGCGAGACUGCUUCCAUGGCUGCAUUACUUCUCCGUGGACAGGCCAUUGUGCCCAUGCAGUUGGUUGCACGCGUUCCUGCUGCUUUGUUUUAUUGGCCAUUGAUUCAACUUGCUGGAGCAGCCACAGACAAUAUUGCACUGGGUGUCUCUGUUGGCAGCAAAGGAAGAGGAAAUAUACCCGGUGCCACGUCAGACAUUCGGGCUACCCUUCUUUUACUUCUAAUUGGAAAAUGCACUGCAGAUCCUGCUGCUUUUCAAGAAGUUGGUGGAGAGGAAUUCUUUAGGGAGCUGUUGGAUGAUACAGACUCAAGGGUGGCAUAUUAUUCCUCUACUUUUCUUUUGAAGAGAAUGAUGACGGAAGAACCUGAAAAUUACCAGCGAAUGCUUCAAAAUCUCGUUCACAGAGCUCAGCAGAGCAACAAUGAAAAGCUAUUGGAGAAUCCAUAUCUUCAGAUGCGUGGCAUACUUCAUUUGUCAAACGAAUGAUCUUCGAGCUGGGCUGUACUCUUAAGACUAUUUUCUGGAGGGAUAUUUUGCCUUACCUGGAGACUUGUGAACAUCACUUCUGAUUCUCACUGUAUUUUAGCACCCAGCAUUCCUUGGCUGAAGUGUGUGACACACUGACAGAUGCUCUGAACUUUUAUACAUUCAUCUAAUGGUGUAGAAAUUGAUACACAAGAAGUAUUUAUUGGGACAGGCAAAGAGCACGAGGUAGGCCUGUCUGUGGGAGCUGCAUUAGUGUCCAUUUCUCAUAACACAACCGAAUUUACAUGAGGAAUGGACCAGGGACUUUCUGUGUGCUGAAAUUUGUGGAGCUUGAUGUUCAAUUAAAGCUAGCAGAGGCUUAUUGGGAAUUUCUCCAUCUUCAGUCACCAGUGUACAUGAUGAGAAAGAUUGGAAGAAUCCACUGUGCUACAUGAGAAUUCUUCUUGGCCUUUAAUUUGUUAACUUUCUAGUGGACAAGCAAUGAAGAUGCUGUAGGGUUAAGAUUGGAUCGCAAGAUUCUUCAAUCCAUUUUGGGGCAUUUUAGGGGCAUUGAUAAAGCGGUGCCUGGUAUGCAUUUGUGACUUCUUGUCUUUUAUUCUUCUCCGCUUUCAUCAUAUUGUGAAUGUUGUAAAAUAGCCAUUGAGAAAUUUUGUCAGUGUCUAACUAUCAAAAGUUAUUAUUUUUUGAAAGCAAAGUUUUGUAUUUAGCUCUUUGUAAUUUUUUUCUUUGCCUGUUGGAGAGAUGCAACUGAGUAGAGGAUAUACAGAUUUUUCAGUUU